GUUGUCCUGGUAACGCGUCAACGGAAUCCGGGAAUGGCGAGUUUACUGGGAGAAACUCUGUUUGAGAUCAGUGGACAAGGUCCUGCACCAAUAAAGGACUAUUUCCACUUUGCAAUAACAAAAUCCCAGGUAAUUUGGAGCUGGUGGAAGAUCUCUUUGAGGUCAGACUGCAGAAACACACCACCAGGACAACUGAGAGAAUCACAUGAAGACUUUUUAGAAGACAAACGUCUGCAAAAUCAAGUGAGAGUGGUAUUUGGUCCUCACAUCUUGCAAUACUCCCAAAAUUUAUGCCAGGGACACUAUGAUUACAUUGUCCGUCUCCCCAAUGCUUUACUUUUCAACAUCAUGGCACAUCUGGACCUUGAAGACAUUUCAGUUGUUUCACACACCUGCCGUAGGUUUAAAGAGCUUUGUAACUCUGAGGAUUUCUGGGAGCAGACAGUGAGGAAACAUUGUGACACUGUGACACCAACAGUGGAGGCUUUAGCUGAGGAGGUUGGCUGGAGGACAAUUUUCUUUACCAACAAGCUGCAGCUGCAGAUGCAGAUUAGUCGCCGGAAGCAGAAGGAAAAUCAGCCCUGUGAGGAUAAAAACCAGCCAAGUCCUUCUUCAGUACCUUUGGAGUAAAUGACUGAAGACUGUUUACAAAGCCUAUUUUAAGUCUGAUUAAGACUUUAUUUCACAAAACACUAUUUUUGCUUGUAUUGAAGAUUCACUCAAAACUAAUCCAACUGAAAAUUGCUCAAAUCUAAAAUGUUUUUGAGCCAAAGAACCAGUUUUAGGUGAAAUAUAUAUUUAUGCUGUAUUUCACAACUUGUAAAAUAAACACAUAAUAGCUGAUUUUCUGGCAUAGUUAUUGCAGUCUUUGAGGUUAUUUUAAUACAUAUCCAAAGACUGAGAUUAUGCCAGCAUGUGUUUCCUCUACUUUACCAAACAUAACACAGUUCUAUAUAACACAUAAUAACAGUAUUGUCCUGUCAGAUGCCAAUUUUUGUGAAUAAAAACCUAAAACGUAGAAUUUUUUUAUGUUAU